AUGCGAUCCAAAGGCCGCUCGAUCCGAUCGCCGCCGCCCGCCCCCAGAGUGCAGGGCCGCGUGCACCCCGGGGACGUAUCGCGCAUCGCAAUCGUCGGUACGGGCACCAUCGGCUCGGGGUGGGCCGCCGUCUACCUGGCGAAAGGAUACUCGGUCACGGCAUACGUGCGCACGCAAGCGAGCGAGGACAAAUUCUACUCCUUCCUCCAGUCGGCGUGGAGCAAGAUCCUGGUGCGUGGCGUCGCCUCGGCCUCGGACACCGACGGAUGGCGCAGGGUCAAGUGCGUGCGGAGCCUCGCCGAGUGCGUCGCCACGGCCGACUACGUGCAAGAGUCGGUGGUGGAAGAGCUGGGCCUCAAGCAGCGCAUCAUCCAGCAGAUCGACGACCUCGCACCGCCGCACGUGCUCAUCGGCACGUCCAGCAGCUUCAUCCCGCUCUCGCUGGUGCGCGCUAGAGCAACGCGUGCGCCCGAGCGCAUCGCCACGGCCCACCCGACGCUGCCCCAGUGGGACUCUUUCGUCGAGGUGCUGGGCAGCAGCGCGGCGCACACGGACUGGCUGGCGAGCUUCUACGGGCAGGAGCGCCUGCGGCUCGACGUGGCAGUCUUGCGCAAGGAGAUGUACGGCCACGCCAUCAACGCGCUCAACGCGGCGCUCUCGAAUACCGCCUUUUGCCUCGUCAACGGCGGCGUCUGCUCGAUGGAGGACAUGGACAAGUCGGUGCUCCACCUGGCCAAGCUGAUCGUCGCGUCGGGCGGCGCCUCCGGCGCCAUGGUGGGUAUCGUGGGCGGCGGCUCGCCGCAGGGGGCGACAUUGCUCUUCACCGACAUGAUGCUCGGCGCGCCUGUGGCCAUGAGCGCCUGCCUCGUCAGCUGGUGCCACCUGCCGCAUGCCCUGGCGGCGGCCUGUCUCGCUCUGCUCCGCCUCCUCGGCGGGUACGCCUCGCUCAGCUUCGUCAAGCGCCUCGCGACGUGGUUCGUCGGCCUGUGGUGCGGCCCGUGCUUUGCGCGGUGGAGCGCUCUCGGCGGCGCCAAAGCCUUCCAAGAGCGCGCCAUCCAACGGAUGAGCAAGAUUGAAGAGAUGGAUUGA